AUGGUGUUUGAGCUACUAUCGGAUGUUGGAACCACCACAUGGCUGACCGUCCUGCUCGUCUUGGUCCUGUCCUGGUACUGGACGGCCAGCCAAUCAAAAAACCUCCCACCGUCACCUGGGAUAGCUUUACCUUUCAUCGGACACAUGUAUCUGCUGGAGAAGAAUCCCAGAAAACAGUUCGAACGGUGGGUCAAGCGGUUCGGUCCGGCGUUCAGCCUGAGGUUUGGGAUGAACCAGGUCGUGGUGCUCAACACGUACGACGUGCUGAAAGAGGCGCUGGUCAAGCAAGGUGACCACUUCUCUGACCGGCCAAGAACGGGAUUUAUCGCGGCCAAUAAACUUCGUCAAGGAAAACCUACGGACAUCAGGACUCUGACCAACAUCAGCGUCUCGAAUGUCAUUUGCUCAAUUAUUUUUGGCAAGAGAUUUGAGUUCGAUGACCCAAAGUUCAUCGAACUGAUUAAAGCUUUAAACUUAGCUAUUGCAUCUAUUUCCGGAACCUCUCUGCUCAAUUUCCUGCCCGCACUUCGACUUUUGCCCUUUGACCCUUUCAAGUCCAAACAGCUAAUUGCUCGCUUAACUGCAACCCAGAAUUUUGCGAAGAAAAUGAUUGAUGAAAUUAAACACGACUCCACAAACACGGACAAUUUCAUCGCCGCUUACUUCAGCGAAAUGAAAGAAAAAGAAAAGCGUGGUGAAUCCACUUUACUGGACGAGACUAAUUUAGUUCGAGUUAUUGACAACCUGUUUGCCGCAGGAACGGAGACCACCAGCACCACCAUCUUGUGGAGCUUGUUGUUUGUGCUUCAUAAUACGGAAGUUCAGAAAAAAAUCUACCAGGAGAUUUUAGAACAAGUCGGAGUGAACCGCGCUCCGACUAUCAAAGAUAGACCCAAACUCAAAUACCUGACAGCGUUUAUCAUGGAAACACAACGGAUGGCUAGUCUGGUGCCAUUUAGUCUUAUCCACGUAUGCAAUCAGGAUGCAACUGUAGCCGGGUACACCAUCCCCAAGGGGACGCAAAUCAUUCCCAACCUGGACGCCGUCCUGAUGGAUGAAAAAAUCUGGGGCGACCCACGUAACUUCCGUCCAGAGCGCUUUCUUGACGAACAAGGCAACAUCAAAAACAGAGAGGAAUUCAUUCCUUUUUCCAUUGGCCGACGAAUCUGUUUAGGCGAAUCUUUAGCCAAGAUGGAACUUUUUCUGUACUUAUCUUCCUUGUUCCAGCAUUUUGAAAUCCUUCCAGCUAAAGAUAACUCCAUUCCACUAAUUAAAGAAACAUUUGCCAUCGUUGUCUCCCUUGAACCUUUUGAAAUUCGCUGUGUGGAAAGACACCUAAAUGUGAACAAGUAG